AACAAAGGUUGCCCACCAACCCGAAAAGCGAGGACGAGCCUGGGAGGAAAAGCAUGGAGCAAAGGUGGGGGAGGAGAUGGGACAGUGCCGAGAAGGGAUUUUUUUAAUUUACCGGGCAAUUCACCGGCGCCAUCCGACACCAGCUACUCUAGCCCUUCUUUCGCGGUGCAGCGCCAUAAUCUUAGAUCUGACCCUUCCGCCCCCAGAAUUCAUCACAUCAAACACCUCUCGCCUAUCCCGGACACCCAAAGUCUCAGCAUCCCUAUUUCACCCCACCUCUCCUGCCCUUCCUCGAGCGCGUCUCCAUGUCAAAGAAAGGCACCGACGGUGAGGAGAGCAUGGUCGUGUCGGCGCAGACGAGAAAGGCCAAGCGAGGCCCUCCCCGAAAGCGCAACCCGUGCCCCGGAAUCCGCCGCGUCGGCGGCCGGAUCUAUGACCCGAAGAACGGGAAGACCUGCCACCAGUGUCGUCAGAAGACAACAGACUUCACGGUGGCUUGCAGGCAGCCUCGGAAGAAGGGGCUUUGUCCAAUCCACUUCUGCCACAAGUGCUUGUCCAACAGGUAUGGUGAGGAUGCCGAGGACAAGGCCAAGGAGGCGGGAUGGACCUGCCCGAAAUGCAGAGGCAUCUGCAACUGCAGCUUGUGCAGAAAGAAGAAAGGGGAGACACCUACAGGAAUACUGGCUCAUGCCGCCAAGGCGUUAGGGCACUCAUCCGUCCAUGAUCUGCUGAUAAAGAGCUCCGAGAUGGUGGCUGCUGCACAGACGUUGUCCUCAUUCCCUAAGAAGAUCAAGAAGGUAUAAUUUUUUGUGUGACGAUGCGCGUUAGGAAUGGCUCCAAUGUUGAUGUGAUCGCCGUCGGCAUGCCCCCUCUAUGUCUAAAUUUGGGAUUAGUUUUAAACCUAAAUAAUUGUUAUUUGGUGUCUGUUUUGAGCAUGAACAUUA